CUUCUGUGAACCGUUACACCCCUAGCAGACUGUGUUACUAAUCUCCUAUUUUAUUAAAUGUUUUCUUUUGUAACCUCGACAUUCUUUUUGACACAGCUGUCACCUGAGUUGCUAUCCUUCCCACUGUCUGCUGCACAGCCCUACAGAUUGUUUUGUAACCUUGGUGAAAGAAUGUAUUUGUGCAAAUUGUUCAGAAUAACACAGACAGAUACUGACUCCAGUCUGACCUUGUGCUGUCCUACUCCCACCAUGCAGGGCUGCCUUUAUCUUUCCGUUGAAAUGGCUUCAUUUGCCUGUUGUGUAUCUCUUCCUCUCCUAAAGGUACAAUGGGUACAAUACAUCAUUUAUCUCAAGAACAAAAUCCACUCCGGUCCAGUGUGGGGCGGUAAUGGCGCGACCAGGAUGAGAAACCGUCGAAGAAGAAAGAGGCGGAACAGCGGCGGAUGUUUUGGAAACCGGCUGGGAUUUGGGCCAUGGAUGUAUAGAUUUGGGAGAAUGUCAAAAAAGGCAAAAAAAAGAAGGCGGAGGGGCUUGUCAUCGUCAAGUGAAGAAGAUGAGAAGGAAUCCAAGAAACAAGAUCUUACCAAGAAUAACAAAAGUAGCAGGGGGAAGCCAGAUUUAAAAAAUCAGGAGAGAUUUGAAACAAAACCGGAAAAAAGUGCAUUUCCUUCCGUUAAAGAUGUUCCCCAAAGUACUCGCCAGAUUAAAAAGCCUGUCUACAGGCUGGCAAAAGCACAAGAAAAAGACCAGGAAUCUGUUAAAAAAGAAGAAAGAACAAAACAAAAACAUGCCUCUCCACCAGACCUUGGGGGAAAAAUCUCUAGUAAAGCAAAAAAUGACAUUUCACGGAAAGAUAAAACUGUCAGUGGGAGUAAGACUGAGGAAGCAGGACCCUCAAAACACUUGCACACUUCAGGUGCAGUUCCUCAGGGGACAGAGAAGACAUCUAAAGGUAGCUUGGAUGAGAAGUCUUCCCAGGGGACCCCAUCCAAAUUAAAAAAGCACCUAAUGAGUCCCAGUUUGGUUUGUGCUGAACAGAACAAACAGGGGAAGAAGGAACUGAAGAAGUGCAGAGCCAAGGAACCACCGAGGACUGAAAAUGACAGCAAACCUGUCAAGACCAAGGAACCAAGCAAUAAUUCCUCCGUAUCCAAGGAUUCUGCAUGGGAGCAGAAGAGUGACGUCUUCAAGAAGAUGUGCCAAAGGCAUGAAGAAAACAAGGCCAAAAAGAGCAUGUGGAUAGAAGUUAAAACUCCCUCUGCCUCUACAACAACAAAGUCCUCCACUUCAGCCAAGCCCACUACCUCUACCUCUGUUAGUAGCUCAAAGGUGGUGAAAAAAGUCACAUUGGGGUCACAAAAGCCAUCAUCUUCUCAGGAACAAGUAUAUGCAGCCCCACCAUUUGUGCCUUUUAAAUUUAAGAUACCAAAAAAAGUUAAACCAACUCCAGUAGAAAGCACUGUUGAAAAGAAAGAAGCAAAAACUACAAAGAAAGGUCUUGAACCUGUGCCUGAGCUUCCAGAAACUGCAGCAUCAAGCAGCAAAUCUGAGGAGAAAACUGUUCAGCAAGCUCCCGUCCCUCCAGAUGUUACACCUAGUGUUUCAUCUGAAGGACAAGAUGAAGGCCCACCUUUGGCAGAACAACUUCCAAAUACGUUUCAUACUGUCCCAGUGCCGUGGUAUGACCAGAUGCAAGUGGUCGAAGAGCUUCAUCUUGCUCGCUCUCAGAAGAGAUUGGAGGUGAAUGUAAUGCAAAGCUAUGGGGAUCUCACCUGUAUGGACAUAGACCCUCCAGAAGAGGGAGGUGCAGACACACACUGUAAACAACCUAACCAGCAAUACCUCAUCCUCGUCUUGGACACCAACAUUCUCCUCAGUCACCUGGAUUAUAUCAAAAAGAUCAGAAUGAACGGCCUUGGAGACCUGGGCUUCCCGAUAGUCCUGAUCCCCUGGGUGGUGCUUCAGGAGCUGGACUCCCUCAAACGGGGGAGGGGCCUGUCAGGGUCUGUGGCCCACCUCGCUACUCCUGCCAUCUCGUACAUUUACAACUGCUUGAAGAGCCGGGCACCUUUCCUGUGGGGGCAGUCUAUGCAGCAGGCCAGCGAGAGCAACAAUGGUCUGAAUGCCGAGAAUAAUGAUGAUCGGGUGCUGCAGUGCUGCCUGCAAUACCAGAGUCUGUACCCAGAGUGUGCUCACAUCCUAUGCACGAAUGAUAAGAACCUGUGCAGUAAGGCCCUCCUGAGUGGAGUGAAGGCCUUGUGCAAGAUUGAUCUGGAGGCAGAGGUUGGGACAUCCAAACAUGGCUUUCACCCUCCGCAAAAUGUCGGCCCUCAGGUCCCAUCAGCAAUGCAAAACAGGAUCUACGCACCAGUCCAGCCACCCAUGCAAAGGACAGGACUCCAUACUGUAGAGGAGAACGAUAACAAGCGAGGGGAUGAGAGGCCAGUGUGGGACCCCAGCAGUGUUUCUGAACUAGAACAGUGUCUGCUCGACGUGCUGUCAGAUGUGUUGGAGGUGGAGAUGAAGGCCGCUUUCGAAGACAUUUGGCUAGAUAUAGUUUACAUAAAACCUCCAUGGACUCUUCUAGAUGUUCUGAAAUGUUUUAAAAAGCACUGGAUUGCCGUCUUUGGGAACAUUGUCCCACGGAGGAAACAGCAAACUGUUUCAACCCUCAUCACCUUUUUCAAUUCAGGUGGCACAUCACACUGUAGAGAUGCAUCAGCACUCCUCCGAGAUGCUAAGGAUCUUGUGAAAGCAUUUGGGAAAAGGUCAAGACGCGUUUCCGCUGCCAUCUCCAGAAUGGACAACAUUUUCAAUAAGCGACAACCACAGUGGGAAUCUCCUGCCAUCGAUGUUGUCAUGAAUGAAGAUGAUGAGUAUCAUGAUGAUGAAGAAGAAGGGGAACAACCCACGCCUGCUCCUUUCUCGCACCAGGAAGUGUGGGUCCUGUUUGAACACCUCUGGUCUUAUGUGUUUCAGAUGAGCUGGGAAGUGUUCAAAGCUCUGGGCUUUGACCCUAACUCCAUUCAGAGCACUCAGCCGGGGGGGGGUCCUGCGCCACCACAGGACGUCGUGGACUGUCUGCACAAUCUGUGCUGCAUAGUCUCGCAGCUGCUCCAGAUCUUCAGCAGUGUCCUGUCAUCAGCCCCGCGGUUAGAGGAAGUCCAGACGCUGCUCAGCAUCCUUCACUCUAAUAAGAUUGUUAACUUGGACUCCAGAUUGACAGCCAAAGACUUCCUGGACUGUCUCGUACAACAAGACAACAGGGAGAAGCUCAGUAUCGGAGGGAACCAGUUAUUGGGGGUCAAAGAGGUCCUGGAUCGCUGUGUUGGGGUCACCUGUCAACACAUCAACUUCAACACAUCUCGGGCCUGAUGAUUCAGAAUUAGAGAGUCUGCACGUCAGCCAAUCAGAUGCACUAAAUAAACUGAUAUCCUUUACUUUAAGUGAAAACUGUCAAUUGCAGAGGUGCUCAUACUCUGGAGACUGAAGCCGUUUACCUUUUUUUAUUUUCCGUUAAAAUGUAUAAAAUGUUUCUUAUGAUACUCUGCUUCACACAAAGGGAUGGAUGUCUAUGGAUUUUCUCCUUAUUUCUUAAGGGUGACACCUUUUGUUAAAGAGAGUAUUUUCCCACCAGUUCUCAACACUUACAUCUUGAUUGUUUUAUACGCACACAAAGUAGAUUGUAAAAUGCAGUGUCCUCCUGUUUCACUGAAGAAAUGGUUACAAACCAUGCUUUAGACUUAAUGCAACCAACUGCAAAGUAUACAGUAGCUUAGAGAUAAAACAAAGGUAUCAAACCAUAUCGUUAUAUAACCUUAAGUUGUUUACUGCCUGAGCUUUUUCCUCAAAUCAUGACUCUUUAAGGCCAAGCAAUGAUCUAGUAAAAAGCUGAAACAAAGAGGCAAUUUAUUUAUUUUAUAUUUUUCUACUUGAGCUAUCAGAGAGGUUGUCAUUUAAGAUGAGUCUAUUUUGAAAAACAAUGAGUGUUCAGCUUCCGAAGGUUUUUGGUUGAUUUUUAAGUAGAAAUGUAAAUAAUUUGAGAACAGAAAAUAUAUUUUAUGUAAAGGAGUUAAAUGUUUACAAGAAAUAAAUGUUUUGGCAUUAUCUUUUUUCUCAAAUG